AUGGCGAUGAGUGGACGAUACAUAAACUUCUACCUCAUUUCGUUCGAAGUCGUUUUCGUAACACUGGUUACUACUCUCGACGAUAAUCGAUGUUUAUCAUCUACAGGAAAAGAUAAAGUCGGUUGGAUCACUCCGGGAAGAAACACUAACUCUGGAGAUGACGUUUUCAUUAUGGGAGAACAAUGGACAUUUGAUUGCCAAGUCAAAAGCAACAAUGUAAAUGUAACCCUAUGGCAGAAAAUAUACAACAGAGAAAUUCAGCGUCAUCCAGAUGGACAAUAUAUCAAAGUGUUAAAGAACAAUGUUUUUCAAAUAAAUGGAUUAAAAAGACGAGACCGAGGUCGAUACUAUUGUAAGGCCUGUGGCACCAGCAAGUAUCUCGGAAAACUUUUUAUCACCCGUGGUCUAGCCUAUGCUAAUCCAAUCGCAUCUAAAUUGCCGAACCAAACAGCAUAUCCCUAUGGUGACACUGUUACCUUGGUUUGUAAAGUUUAUGGACAAUACAGUAUACGUUGGUACAAAGCUGGGUCAAAUGAGAGCUUGAAGAGCAGCUUAACAUACGCAAAUGAUGUUAACAAAGCAGUGUUUACUAUUCCCAGCGUAACAAAGAGCGAUGAAGGAACAUACGUGUGUGAGAUAAAGAGAAGGAUCGUCAAUUAUGUAGCCAACACUACCGUAACAGUGCGAUUAGAAAAAAAUGAAGGUUAUAAAUUGAUGUUUGGAAUGUGAUCAAUUCAAAACACGAAAGGAUACUUUAGUCUAACAUCGUAGUCGCAAGGACAUGUAGAAAAUUGUUAAAAAAACAUGAUUUGCAUACAAAGUCUCUUCAUCGUAUGCAGCAAUGCCGAAAGAUGGCAAAAAUUCCAACCAUCAUCAAUAAAUAAAUAUGUAGCUACUGAAAAACAUUGGAGCACUGCAAACUAAGAAAACAUGUUUGAUGGAGUGAUAAAGAGAAACUUGUUUGGAAUCGAUCCAAAGAAAACACUCAGCCAACGUCAAUAUAGCAUACAUUUAUUUGGUUGAGAAUAGUGAAGGAAAGAUAGUUCAAUCUUAUACAAUUUGUCUAUACACUUAGUGAUUUAAGCAAAUGAGAUGGUUGCAGUAAAUCUACUUCUUCUGAUGGUAUAGAAGGUACACCAUUAUCCUAUGCCCUAUGAACGUCAGCCAUGUAUUGUUUUACAAACAAAGUUGCAUGUAUAUGCAUAAUGCGAAAUAGUAGAGUGUUAUAAAAUGAUGCAACACAUAUCUCUCAAAAAAACCUGUAUACAGCUAUCUACAUUCUGACUUUAACGAUAUGUUUAUCCAGUACGAUGUGUUUCUUUGUUUGUAAAUAUAUUUCCAAAUAUACAAUUGACGAAUUGCUAUGUAA